AGUAUUAUUUCUACGUGAAUAAUUCAAAUAAAUAAAUACAAGUGUAAACGCGAAAAUACAUGAAUAAUGGAAGUGUUAAUACUUGAUGCAACGGUGUUUAAUGUUUCGGAAAAGUUGGCAACGCUAGAUAGGUAGAUGUCGUCAGACAGUAUCAACUUCAAGGAGCUUUAAAACUAAGACAGCCGCCUGCUCGCGACGCCACCUUAGUUAAGUUAUAAGCAUCGUGUUUACUCCAAUCUUUACUUCUUUUUUUAAGUCUUCUUAAUUUGUCAACGCAGCUGUCAAGCUUUUAUCAAUCAUGAAGAGGCAGUCCAAGCUGUCAGGUGCAGCAAACAAAAGAAAAAAGGAGGAAGAGGAAAAACUAGCCCAAAGUAGAGGGAUACAUCGGAGGUUUCUAGUUCUGUUUUCAUUUGUUGUGGGAACAACCUUGAUUUAUCUGCUGUACAAUGGAGUUCCCAUUCCAGGUCCUAUUAACUCCAGUAAUACUACUCUGUAUUUAGACGAUCUUAUAGGUUUGAGUCAUCUGAUAAAUACUCCAAGCUGCGUUAUACCUGAUAUUGAUCCAUUCCACCCAAGUCUCAGAAAAUUCAUGGCCAAAGAUCCCAAGCCAAACUUUGAUCAAAUCAUUGUGCUGUCAGUGUUGUCAUGA